CACACACGCGCGCACACACACAUACAUACACACACUCCCGCGCGCGCGCCUGACAGCUGCUCGUACACAUCUGUGCUCUUGUUUCGAGAAGCUCAAAUACUUCAUGCACUUUUUUUCCGAACUGACUUGAGGACAUAAUUCGAGAUUUGUUUUUAACGCGCGUCGUUUGUCCUGGAACAAUACGCCCAAGUCUGACGCAGAAGAGCAUUUAAAGGAGCGUUUCCACACCAGGCGAGGCCCCAUAUGGACUAAAAGCAAGCAAAUUAAAGUGCCACUCCGACUUUUACCCCAGGACUAAGCGGCCCACAGCACUGAGCAAUGUCCAACACAUCCGGCAGAGGGCAUGGGGGUCUUAAUCAACUAGGCGGCAUGUUUGUAAAUGGACGCCCGCUCCCGGAGGUCAUCCGGCAGCGCAUUGUGGACAUGGCUCACCAGGGUGUUCGGCCCUGCGACAUCUCCCGUCAGCUGCGGGUCAGCCAUGGCUGCGUCAGCAAGAUCCUGGGCAGAUACUAUGAGACAGGAAGCAUAAAACCUGGAGUGAUCGGUGGCUCGAAGCCAAAGGUGGCUACCCCAAAAGUGGUGGACAAGAUAGCAGAGUACAAGCGGCAGAAUCCCACCAUGUUCGCCUGGGAGAUCAGAGACAGGCUCCUGGCCGAGGGAGUGUGUGACAGCGACACGGUGCCCAGCGUCAGUUCCAUAAACAGGAUCAUCCGGACCAAGGUGCAACAGCCAUUUAACGUGCCCUUGGAGAGCAAAAGCCUCAGCCCAGGUCACACACUAAUUCCAAGUUCAGCAGUCACCCCUCCCGAGUCGCCUCAGUCCGACUCUCUGGGUUCCACCUACUCCAUUAGCGGCCUGCUGGGUAUUCCACAGGCCAGCUCAGACGGCAAGAGGAGUCAUGACGACAGUGACCAGGAGAGCUGUCGGCACAGCGUGGACUCUCAGGGCAGUGGUGGUGGACCCAGGAAGCAGCUGAGGCCUGAACAUUUCUCAUCGCAGCACCUGGACUGCGGCUUCGAGAGGCACCACUACACCUCAGACACAUUCGGUACCACCACUGCUGGCAAGACUGAGCAGUCUCUGUAUCCCCUCUCUCUCCUUAAUGGAAGUCUGGAGGAAGGCAAGAGCAGCCUCGCAACAUCCAGCGCCGCCAUUGGCCGAAACCUAGCAACACACCAGGGCUACACGGUUGUGACAGAUGCUCUACAGCCCCUUCCCAUCUGCCUGAAACAGGAAAUGUCACCGGACGGGGCCAGUUCAAGCCCCUCGCCCAACAUUAUAGCCAACUCUGCAUUCUUGGAAAUGGGCGCCAUUUCAGCUCCGUCGCCAGUGUCCGUGGGUAACGGUGGCAGCAGCUCCAUGCAUUUCUCUCAUGCCUUCAACUCAUUUCCCCAUCAUGCACCAGUGUACAGCCAGUUCGGCAGCCAGUCUCUCAUCACAGGGCGAGACAUGGUGAGCUCCACCCUCCCUGGAUAUCCUCCACACAUCCCAUCAGGACAGACAGGUUACUCGUCCUCGGCUAUCACAGGAAUGGUAGCAGGUGCUGAGUACUCAGGCCAGACUUACACACACUCGCCAUACACAACUUACAGUGACGCCUGGAGAUUCACCAACUCCAGCAUUCUAGGCUCGCCAUAUUACUACAGCUCCGCCUCCCGCACAGCUCCGCCCACCACUACUGCAUACGAUCACCUUUAGCAGAAGAAGAUCGAAUAUUGCGAUACACAUCCGACUUCACAUCCUUCCACAAAAUGUUUUAAUCCAGGCCCAUUGAGGGUGCUUUCCACCUACGGCCCUCUUGCUGGGAUGCUCUUGAUUACCCUAGAACACAAUGGACAAGGUGUAUUAUUUUGACCCACUAUUUAACAGGCCAACGGUACACUCUGUGGACAAAUAAAAAAAAAAACAGAAAGAGGAAUUUACAUCUUCUCUUCAGCGACUGAAGAAAAAAGGAUAUGAAGGACACAGAAAAAAACAGGCCAGCAUGGACAAAAUGUUUUGUUGCCUGAGACUUUGGCUGAUUAUUUAUUCACUUCGUUGACCACCUCGACCAAACGCACAAGUUUGCCAUCUAUUUAAACAGCCAUCAUGUCUUGCCCCAGGUUUUUGAACCAAAAUGCAUGGCGCAACAGUCAAAGAUCUUACUGCAGUUUGCUUUCAGACCUUAACUGCGUUCAUGACCUGUGGUGCAUGAAGAACAAAUCCAGAGAGCCAGCUUUUUUUUUUCUUCAGGCUCUAUUCUUCUGUUUGUUCCUCUUUCUCUCCAUUUCCCCGGGUUUAUACGCCUUGUAGGAUUGCAGCAUUUGCAGCUGUUUCAAGUUUCAUGUAUUUACUUUCCCAACGAACAACUUGAUCAUCAUUUUCAGCAACAGCAACAAAAUCAGCUGUCAAUUUAAAUACCAUUACAAACCGCCUGCUGGUUAUGUCAGUGGGAUAAUGUGUAAAUAAUGUAGAAAAGUAAAAAACCCUUAUUAAAAAAAUCCCUUUUAUGCUACAAAUAAUUAGGAGUGGAUUUUAUGGGGAUGAAUUAGUACAUUGUAAGAGAAGUUGUAAGAAAACCUUUUAUUUUCUCCCUCCCAUAUGUACUACAUUUGUUGUCAAAUGGUUUUGCUAAGAUCUGUGAUUAAACUAUUCCUUUUUAUUGUACUGUGAAAGAUAUGAUUAAUCGAUUUCUACAGAAUUAUUUUUAAUGAAAUAAAGCAUGACAAACCA